UACUGAGCUGAGAGGAAUCUGUCAGAUUCAAACACACACUGCUCACUGUGUGUGUGUGUAUGUGUGUGUGUGUGUGUGUGUGUGUUUGUAACAGGAUGAAAAGCUGAGGAACAGACAGAAAGAGACAGAGGAGGACCACAAAGUGAGGCCCCGUCCACCUAUGGAUCGGCGUUCCCGUCAGCAGCUCAGGGGAUUCCAUGGCCGCAUCGAUCCCAGUGUCGCCCCCGCCCAGAGCCGCCGGUCCCCGCUGAUGCCGAGGCGCCGCGCCCAUUUGUAGAGCAGAGCAGGGCCAGAGGGAGGCGGGGGGUCAGGGGUGAAAGGUCAGAGUGGGUGUCAGGAGCCGAGGUCAAGAGGCUCAUCGGAAGAGAGAGAGGUCGUCGCUGAGGACGGCGUCGCUGAGGACGGCGGGCAAGAUGAUGACUUCACACGGAAAACUGAGGAAGGAGAAGGGCAGUCUGGCCGAGUACGAAUCGCAGAUGAAAGACCUGCGGGCCCAGCUCACAGACCAGAUCAAGAUCCUGGACUCGCAGGUGGAGGUGAAGCAGCAGCAGCUCUCGGACCUGUCGGAGUUCCUGCGGCGCCGCGGCGACAUCGAGGCGGAGUACGCCCGCGCCCUGGACAAGCUGACCGAGAGGUUCACCCACAAGACCAAGAAGAAGGAGCAGUGGGGUCAGUCGGUGUGUCAGGUCUGGUCCGUCCUGCUGACUCAGACCCGUCUGGAGAGCCGGGAACACGCGGCGCUGGGCGACACCUGCUGCAACACGCUCACACAGAGGCUGGUGCACGGCACCGAGGACACACACCGCCUGCACAAACGGAGCAAAGAGGUGGGGAUCCAGAUGCAGGACGAGUUACUGAAGGUCACCACUGAGCUGCAGACGGCUCUGAAGACGUACAACCAGUACCACACCGACUGCCUGAUCGCCGAGGGGAAGCUGAAGGAGGCCGAGCGGCUGGAGGAGCGGCACACCGGCAAGUCGGCCGAGCUCGGGCCGGGACCGCUGGUGGGACAGAGGAGGAGCUCCGUCAAGAAGAUGGAGAGGCUGAUGGAGAAGAGGCACGGCAGAGUGCAGGAGACCCAGCUGAAGUGCACCAAGGCUCGUAAUGACUACCUGCUGAACCUGGCGGCUGCAAACGCAGCCAUGAACAAGUACUACCUGCAGGACGUCAGCACGCUCAUUGACUGCUGCGACCUGGGCUUCCAUCUGUCCGUGGAGCGGGUGAUGAAGUGCUACCUGGCCAGCAGGUGGCGCAUCCAGAAGACGGAGGAGACGGGGCUGAAGCAGCUGGAGGCGGCCGUCACCUCCCUGGACCAGGGCGGCGACCGGGACGCCCUGCUGCAGCAGCACGACUCCGCCUUCUGCCUCCCGUUCCGCUUCAACUACCACCCGCACGAGGGCGACCAGGUGUGCGAGGUGAGCGCGGAGAGCCAGGUGAGGUACGAGCUGGAAACCAGGUUCCAGCAGCUUCAGUCUCGACUCGCCGCCGUCACCCUGGAAACCGAGGAGGUCAGUAAAACGCUGAAAGCCACGCUCGCCGCCCUCCUGGACAACAUGUGCGACAGCGACUGCAACCCGUCCCCCGACGUGCCCAGCAGCCUGUCCCACGAGCCCCCGGGAGGAGGCACCCUCCAGAAGCUGACCCUCGCCAAGCGUCGAGCCAAUCAGCAGGAGACGGAGACCUACUACUUCACUAAAGUGAAGGAGUUCCUCACCAGCAGUUCUCUGACCUUCAAGCUUCAAGCCAAACACGAUCUUCUACACGACGCCAUACAGAAAGCUGAGGCCGUUGACAGCGACCCCUCCAGAAUGCAAUGUGCUCGGUCACUGCGAGUACGGAAGUCCAGACCCGUUUCCCAAUUCUGCCACACACUCUUCACCACAGACAUGCUCUCCUACAUACAGAGCUCUGGGCAGCAGAUCCCCGUGGUGGUUGAAAGCUGCAUCCGUUUCAUAAACCUUCACGGCCUCCACCAUGAAGGAAUAUUCCGAGUUCCUGGCUCUCAGAGGGAAGUUAACCUACUCAGAGAUGCGUUUGAGAGAGGAGAAGACCCCCUGUCGGACAGCGAGUGCGACCUGGACUCUGUGGCCGGAGUGUUGAAGCUGUACUUCAGGGGCCUGGAGCCGCCGCUCUUCCCCUACGACAGCUACUCCGAGCUGCUGGAGUGUGUCCAAAUCGAGGCCGCGAUGGAGAAAGCCGCCCAGAUUAAAGCGAUCGUCUCCACCUUCCCACGGCCUCUGCUCAUCGUGAUGCGUUACCUUUUCGCCUUCCUAAACCACGUGUCUCAGUACAGCGACGAGAACAUGAUGCAGCCCUACAACCUGGCCGUUUGCUUCGGUCCGAGCCUGCUGAGGGGGCUGGAUGCAGACGACGCCGUUGCCAGGCAGCCGCAGGUCAAUGACCUUGUCAAAACCAUGAUCCUCCACCACGACAUCAUCUUCCCCGGCCAAUCGGAGCAGCCGGGACCCGUCUAUGAGAAGCACAUGACGCUGGAGCAGGAGUACUGCGAACCGAUCACAGAGGAGGGAGACGGAGAGGCCGAGCAUCUGCCCAGCGAGGACGAAUGGGAGGCGGUGGCCAUGUUUGACUACGUGGCAAGAUCCCCCGCCGAACUCUCCUUCAAGCAGGGAGAGCCUCUCAUCCUUCACAGCAAGGCCUCCUGUGAUUGGUGGAGAGGUGAAGUGGGCGGGGUUAAAGGUCUAAUCCCUCACAAGUACAUCAGCGUCUUGGAAGGGACAGAGCGAGGGAAAAGAGAGGAAGGAGGAGGAGGAGGAGGAGGAGGCAGCACUGGAAACCUGUCAGCAGAAGAUCCACAGAUGGAGAACACAACCCGGAUGCGGGUGAACAGUGAUAGCGCUUCGUUGCCGGGGAGACAGAGAGGAGGUGAGGGGAGCCCCAACCGAAAGCCGCCGACCUCCCCGGCCACGCGGCACCUGCCAGUGUCUCAGGAGAGAAGACACACGUUGGAUACUGUGAGACAGACGAGCUUCAGGCCGACAGACAGACCUCCGUUCGUUCAGCCAGAACGACCUGCUGUAGAUAAGGAGAUGAUCAGCCGUCAGAUGAACUCUGUGUUCAAGGAGCUCCUGUCACGCCAGCCCCCGGUGCAGCCGUCCGCCCUCGCCGCCCACACCGCCCACGCCGCCCCAGCCCAUUCUGCUUCUUCAUCGUCCUCCUCCUCUUCCUCUUCGUCCCUCCCCCAAGCUGCUCCGGCUGCCAAAAAAGUGGGAUUCGGCCUCCGAGGACGGGCCCUUUUCCGGCCGGUGGACUGAGAAUCUCCCGUCGGUUGUCUGAGGAUUACUGACGCUGAUGCCCGUCAAGCAUUUGGUGAAGAUCUUGGGAUUAUUUUUCUGACACGUGUAUGAUAAUUGUGUCUCUGCCAUCUCAUAGUGCCACUAGUCUUGGUGCCGUGUUACUGUCCGUCCAGUGUGUCUGUUUUCCAGCCCUAAUUUUCUAUUAAUUUUUUUUUUUUCAUUUUUUCCAGCCUUUUUUUAAUAUAUAUAUAAUUUUUUGGGGAGAAUCAGGGAUGUGACUUCGCCAGAGAUUUAUCACCAGACUGAAUUUUAAAGUGGUUGCCAUGAUGCUUAUACUGUACAUCAACAGCAAAAGACUUAAGCUGCCCCCUAGUGGCAGGUCUGAGAUCAGCUCACCUUUGUAGUGUUUGCUUUAUUGGAAAAAGUUAACUGAUCUUGGACCUGUGUCUAGGAGUGCCUUCUCAUCUUUCUCUCUUUGUGCUUGUUUCACGUGGAAAGACUCAAUAGGUUGAAGCUUUCCAUAAUCAUUUCAGAGGCGUGUUCUAGGACUACGGGCCCCAAAGUGUUCAUUAUUUCAAGAAAAAUGGUACAAAAAUAAGGAUGCGAAUGAAGACUGUGUAAAAUAUCUGAAAGAACCAGCAGUUUGUGGAAUAACGGGAGACAAAUGUUCCCAGGAUGAUCUGGAUUUUCUUCAGCUUUUAACGUCUUUUGGGUUAAGAUCAAGCACAAAACGUUUUGCUUAUGUUUUGGAAAGGGUUUAAGAUUUCAGUUUUAGCUUUUUCUUUUUAAUAGUUCAACAUCGCUCCUAUCAUUAAUAUGGCUGCAAGAGGUCGACGUACAGCUUCCGUUUUGCCUCAUGUCUGUGUGUGUGUGUAGGAACUGACUUAAUCCACUCUACUGACUCCUUUAAGCUUCCAGAUGCUAACGAACCAGCAGACAAACCAGAACAGCAUUACAUCAGGAUUUUGCCUCCGAGCAGUGUUAGCUUUUGGUUUGAGAGAGAACUUCUUGGUUUCAAAUAAAUGCUAUUUCUUUUUUAACACGUUAAUGCUACGUAAUUUAAGCAAGCUAAUUAUCCCGACUCCUACAGUAGCUUGCUAGGUUAGUAGCCUUGCUAAGCUCAAUGGAAACCAAAAGCUGUUAGUUUUCGGGUACUUGUGGUUAUUGUGAAUGGCUGAAUUUGACACCUGUUGUUUAUCUCUAACUCUGAAAGGCUGAAAACUGGCAUGGUGUUGGCUAAAUUUAUAAAAAAUACAUUGAAAUGAAAGUGUGAAUUAAUUAUUGUGUAAUUUUGAUCAUUUAAAGAACAACACACUUGAUUGUUGGCAUAGUUAAUGGGGCUUUACUGAUAGCCUGUUCCAGUUGCCUUGAUUCUAGGGAUUUUAACCAGAACUAAAGUUAAGGAUACUUUACUUUUUACUAUGGCUGUACUCAGUGUGACUUUUUUUUUCAAAAAUUAAAUCAUGAUUUAUGUUUUUAGAGCACAAUGGGAACUUUUUGGAACAUUUCAUGGCUUGAGUCUCCUGUUGUCUGACUAUGUUGGGAUCAAAUGAGGGCUACCAGUGGGAUUUUUAGAGAUAGAAAUUUCAUUUUGAAUUGGGAAUAACGAGCCCAGAGACACUGUUAGCUCUUCAGAUGUUCUUGCACAGCUGAGCGCUUCCCUAAAGUGAGCUUGUACCUCUGAAGAGUACCUUUAAAUCUCUAUCUGAAAUGGUUCAGGCUGCUACUUUUGAGGCAUGCCUGACGGAGCCAUUUUAGAAAUAAAGUCAAAAGCAAAAACGAUCUACUUUCAAGGUACAACAUGUGAGAUUUAAGUGAUGCCUCAGUCACUUUUUAACCACUGGAUCAUUGAAAAGAUCCAUUAUUCGUCCGCCGGGCCGGGACGACUAGAUUUCCCUGCUGUUUUGGGCCAAAGCAGAAGAGAAGAGUAGCGGUCUGUUUAUUUUCAUUCCUGAUUUCCAGAUGAAUUGAUUCCGUUUUGUGAAUGGAUGGUUAGGAUUAUGUCGACUGAGUGGCAGUGAGUUUCUCAUAGUUUAAUCAGUUUGCUGAUAAUCGUUGCCAAGAACUUCGGUACUCACGGAAUUGCCUGUUCUUAAUUGUUUGUUUCUCGUCUUCUUUUCUUGGACAAAGCAAGAAUGUGGUACAGUGACUCAUUAAACCACCUUGUGGCACAAAGUGUUAUUACAACACUGAUCUGUGGCUAAUGGUUAGCUUGUUACAGCAUUCAGAUUGCUUUUAGGCUCAUUUUUGACUGAAAUAUUACAGACCUGUACCUUUAAAGGGAUUGUUAUAGAAUUUAGAUCCAAUAACAUCAUUGAGUUUUGAUACUUUUCACAGGAUUUCUGCUUCAUUUGAAUCAUUUUUACAUUGAACACUUUGAGGGUCUGUGUAUGACAAGUAGAAAAACCGUUAGCGACGAGGUAAAAAGUUAUUGAUUUUCAUUUUCUUGCGUAGCAGCAUCCAGUGUUUGAACACACACACACACACACAAACACACACACACACACACACACACACACACACACAAACAGAAGAAACGUAGAAACACACUCCCCUUCAUAUGUGAUACAAGGCCUGACCCACGGGCCAGAACUCAGGGCUUUUGCAGAGUUACAGACGGGCUAACUCAGGUUUGGCUGCAAAGGAACGAGUAAAGAGUCUCUCUCAGGUCUUUGGUUGACUUAACUCUUCAACUGGAAACUGUGCCCAAGCCUCAAGAGCCAAAUCCAUCCCCCAGGUCAGGGAGGAGCCGCCGCCGACUUCCUCUGUUUAAACUGUGAACGCGACGUUUCCGAGCCACCAUUGAAACGCCUGUCUCAUCCAUCCACGCUACGCUGCAUUUUAGCGCGAGCCCCCCCCCUCCCCACACACACACACACACACACAUGCAGGCACACAGGCCCCGUUUAAACACGGGUUUCAGGAUUUCCACAAUUACUUUGAUUCCAAAAGCAUUGGAAGUAUUCUCACAUUGAGUGCCCCCCCUCCCCCCUCAGUUUUAGUGUCAUAGGCACAUGGGUUUACUUGAGUUUGGCUUAUUUUUCAAUGGAUUCUGCUUCUACGAUUGAAACAUCCUGUUAUUUUGGAUCACUUGUAUGAAGAUGUCACUAAAUUUACUGUGUCCAGCUGUAUAUGUGGUU